CCUGAGUUUAAGAAAAAGUAUAUAGAUUUUAUUGCAUAUCUUUCCUGCCAAUUUUUGGCAGAAGAUGAUACCAACAAUGAACCAUUCAUCAGAAAGUUUGCAAGGUCUUCAGAGAGCACUGGAAGGUAUGCAAGAAAGAGGUAUGGAGAAUGACCCUAGGUAUCAACAACUCCUGGCAUUAGCAAGGAUGAAUGGUUUGCAAAACAUUCCUGGAAUGCCUGGUAUGCAACCUCCAGUAAUGGGUGGAACAGCAAUGGGACCAGGAAUGCAACCAAAUCUUAUGGGUGGACUGCAGCCUCCUAAUCUGUACGCUAUGAUGAACCAACAAAGACAACAAAGCAUGAUGAAUAACAUGGGUGGUAAUGGGGGUGCGGAAACCUUUCAGAUGACUUCUCAAACAGCCCAAGCUCAAAGCAAUGCGCAACAAAGUCAGGUUUCUCAAAAUAGCCAGCAGGCUGUACCUACUCCCACAGCUCAGCCUUCCAGCCUUGGACCUACAACAGCAGCGCAAGGACAACAAGGUGCUCAAAACAUUGCUCCCCCGCCAAAUGUUGGGAAUCAGCAAACAGCAACACAAGGUGCAUCGAAAGCUGCCUCCUUUACCCAAGAAAUGUUGCAGCAAUUCAGAGCUCAAAUUAUGGCAUACAGGUUGUUUUCAAGAAACCAACCCGUUCCGGAGAGUGUUGUGUUGGCAGCAUUAGGGCGUAAACAUCCAAACCAAACAACUGGUGAAGUGACUAUUCAAGCAUCAACUGCUGUAGCUAACAGAAACAAUGUACAAAGCCCAUCAGUAGCUGUUGCAGGAGUGCCAACAAACAAGCCAGAGACUGAAAAUAAGGAUGUUCAACAACAACAACAGCAGCAGCAGCAACAACCAAGACUUCAGCAACAACAAAAUGACAAUGAUGGAUCUAAAGCAGCAACUAAUGAAGAUCCGAAUGCUCUAGGAGAAGUUAAGAAAGAAGGCGCACUGCUUCAGUUAGCCACAGGUGGUCAAACACCUAAGAAACUGCCAACUUUAAAUAGUCCUCCGAGAUCUCGUUUAGCACCAGUCAACAAACCAGUAGGGAUCAAUCCCAUAGAUAUAUUAAAGGAAAGAGAAUCCAGAAUCCAAGCAAGAGUGGUGCAUAGAAUUCAAGCAUUGCAAAACCUUCCUGCGACUAUCAGCGAGGACCUACGCAAGAGGGCAUUGAUUGAGCUGAAAGCACUUCGAUUACUUCAUUUUCAGAAGCAGUUACGUAGUGAAAUGGUCAUGUCUAUGAGAAAAGAUACCACUCUGGAAACAGCUUUAAAUUCAAGAGCUUAUAAAAGAAGUAAAAGACAAACACUGCGGGAGGCAAGAAUGACUGAGAGGUUGGAAAAACAACAAAAGAUGGAAGUUGAAAAGAAAAAGAGGCAGAAACACCUCGAGUUCAUAAACACAUUGUUGCAACAUGGUCGUGACUUCAAAGAGUUCCAUCGUGGUGUGCAAAGUCGUAUCCUGAAGACCAACAAAGUUAUUAUGACGUAUCAUGCUAAUUUUGACAAGGAGAAACGCAAAGAAGAAGAGAGGAUAGAAAGAGAACGUUUAAGAAGGCUGAUGGCUGAAGAUGAAGAUGGCUACCGUCAGCUCAUUGAUGAGAAAAAAGAUCAGAGGUUGCAUUACUUGCUGACACAGACUGAUGAAUACAUCACAGGUCUCAUGAAACUUGUAUCUAUACAUAAGAAAGACCUUGAAGCCAAGAAGUACUCACGAAAACAGAGACCUGAUAUGGAAGAGGGUGAAGGAAAGAGAGUUCCUGUGGAAAAUAUAGAGACAGGGCAGAAACUAACUGGCGAUGAAGCACCUCUGUAUGCUGAACUAAAUGAAUGGUUAUUGGCUAAUCCAGGGUUUACUGUAAUUCCUGAGACUACAGAAGAUACCGAAGGUGAUACAGAAACGGAAGGAGAAAGCAGUGAGAAGAAGCCUGAGGAUGAACCGAAGAAAGAAUAUGAAGAUGAUGAUGCAGGAACUUCAAUGGACAGCAGAAAUUACUAUGCAUUGGCUCACAGUACUUUGGAAAUAAUAAAGGAACAGCCUGCAUCACUUGUUGGUGGAACACUCAAGGAGUAUCAGCUUAAAGGACUUGAGUGGAUGGUUUCACUGUACAACAAUAAUUUGAAUGGAAUUUUAGCAGAUGAAAUGGGGUUGGGCAAGACAAUUCAAACCAUUGCUCUGCUUACUUAUCUUGUAGAGAAGAAAAAACAGAAUGGACCGUUCUUGAUUAUUUUGCCUCUUUCAACCAUGUCAAACUGGAUGUUGGAGUUUGAAAAAUGGGCCCCUAGUAUUCUCACACUUAGUUAUAAGGGUUCGCCUCAACAUCGUAGAUCGACGUCAUACCAAAUAAAAGCAGGGAAAUUCAAUGUCAUUCUGACAACCUAUGAAUACGUAAUGAAAGAUAAAGCCAUUUUAUCUAAAGUUCGUUGGAAGUACAUGAUUGUGGAUGAAGGUCAUCGCAUGAAGAAUCAUCAUUGCAAGCUAACUCAAGUGUUAAACACUCACUAUAAUGCGCCACACCGUAUCCUCCUAACUGGUACCCCUCUUCAAAAUCGUCUGCCAGAGCUGUGGGCGUUGUUGAAUUUCUUACUGCCCAGCAUUUUUAAAUCAGCUGGGACUUUUGAGAGUUGGUUUAAUGCUCCUUUCCAAAUGACAGGAGAGAAAGUGGAACUAAACGAGGAAGAGACGUUGCUGAUUAUACGUCGAUUGCAUAAGGUCCUUCGUCCAUUUUUGUUAAGAAGAUUGAAAAAGGAAGUGGAGUCACAGUUACCUGACAAGGUGGAAUUCAUUGUAAAAUGUGACAUGUCGGCGUUGCAAAAAGUCAUCUACAAACACAUGCAACAGAAGGGUAUCCUCUUGACGGAUGGUUCUGAAAAAGACAAGAAGGGACGUGGUGGUACAAAGAUGUUGAUGAACACUAUUAUGCAGUUGAGGAAGAUCUGUAAUCAUCCGUUCAUGUUUCAACAUAUUGAGGAAGCUAUUGCAGACCACAACGGAUAUCCGGGAGGAAUUUGUAAUGGGCCAGAGUUAUUCCGUGUAUCUGGUAAAUUUGAGCUUUUGGAUCGUAUACUUCCCAAGUUGUCUUCUUGUGGUCAUCGCUCGCUCGUCUUCUGUCAAAUGACGCAAUGCAUGACCAUCUUGGAAGAUUACUUGAACUGGCGACAGAUACCUUAUCUUCGGUUAGACGGCACCACGAAAGCUGAUGAUCGAUCUGAAUUACUGAAAAUCUUUAACGCCAAAGAUUCUGUUUAUCAAGUGUUUUUACUGAGCACACGUGCUGGUGGUCUAGGUUUGAAUCUACAGACAGCGGAUACUGUUAUUAUAUUUGACAGCGACUGGAAUCCUCAUCAGGACUUGCAAGCUCAAGAUAGGGCACAUCGUAUUGGUCAAACACGGGAAGUGCGCGUCUUACGUUUAAUGACAGUAAAUUCAGUAGAGGAACACAUCUUAGCAGCUGCUAAAUACAAGUUGAAUGUUGAUUCCAAGGUCAUCCAAGCUGGUAUGUUCAAUCAACACUCCACAAAUGCUGAGCGAAAACAAAUGUUGAGUCAGUUGUUGGAGAGUGACUCGCUAGAGGAAGAGGAGGAGAGCGAAGUACCAGACGACGAAACAGUCAACCAGAUGAUAGCAAGAAACGAAGAAGAGUUUGAAAUUUACCAGAAAAUGGAUGCAGAUAGAAGGAAAGCCGAACCAAGGAAUCCUGAAACUAUGCGACGUAAGCCACGUUUGUUACAAGAAGAUGAACUUCCAAAGUGGUUGCUUCGUGACAGCGAAGAGAUCGAGCAAAUGACGUUUGCAGAAGAAGAAGAGAAAUUCUUUGGUACGGGAGCCAAACGUCAACGCAAAGAAGUUGACUACAGUGAUAAUCUGACAGAAAAACAGUGGCUGAAGGCAUUAGAAGAUGGCAAUUUGGAAGACAUCGAAGAUGAUAAUUUGAAAGUGGCUGCUGGCAAGAAAAGAAAACGAAAGAAGAGAGACGAUGAAGAAGACGAAGAAAUUGGACCGAAUGGCAAACCUGCUAAGAAAAAAGGGAAAAGAGGAAGACCAGUCGGUAGUAAAGUUAAGUACGAUCCGAAUCCACCUGAACUUACAAAGAAAAUGAAACGCCUCAUCAACGCUGUAUCACAAUACAGAAACAGUGAAGGGAGGUGUUUAAUGGAUCCGUUUGUAAUCUUGCCGACACGUCGAGAAUUGCCUGAUUAUUAUCAAGUCAUCAAACAGCCAAUCGAUCUGAGAAAAAUUAAGGAUCGGAUACUUCAACACCGUUAUAGAAGUUUAGACGAAUUGGAAAUGGAAUACAUGACCAUGUGCAAGAACGCACAGGAGUACAACAUUGAACAAUCCUUAAUAUACCAAGAUUCUUUCACUCUGCAAUCUAUCUUUCGAGAGUAUAAACCCAAAGUUGAAGCCGGUGAAGACCUUGGGAUACCUGACAUUGAUGAUGAGUCUGAUAAAGAGAGUAAUUUAUCAAGCGUAUCCAAAACAGGAGGACGUGUAAGGGGUAAAAAGAUGAAAAGUCGUCUCCACCAGCUGCAAGAUAGUGAUGAUGAAACAAAUGAUUCUGUAGAAUACAGAACGGAUGAUUCUGAUUAUGAAGACACGUCUGUAUCGUCCGCCGUCCCGUCGCCGGCAUCAACGGCUUCUUUACGACGUAAAUAAAAGAUGUCUACACGUAGUGUAGUAAACGUAGAAUGUCUGCUGUGUAUAGUUUUCGUGUAACCUCGUACGCUGACCCUUUCCAGUUUAAACUGUUGUAUGUGGCUGGAAAGCCUAGGUACGAGAGUUGUCUAGUUGUAUUAUGCGUUAGACUAAAGGAAAAAUUUUAAUUUAUGCAAUUUAUUAUUUGAAACAAAUAUUAGUUAGCGUUGUGAACAGGGAGGAGUGCCCAAGAAAAAAAAGAUGCGCUCCUUUUUUUUAGAUUCGCGACUUUUUUAAACUGAUAUGUUAGUUAUUGUCAGAGCAGUACAUCGAGUGCAAAGUUUUGUCAACCAUCUCCAAUUAUAUCUGCGGUUUAACAUUUUCAAUUAUAUCAAUGUUGUUUCAAUUAAAUAUUAUUUUUGUUCAAUAUUUGAACAUGCAAAAAUUGUGGUAAUUGCAACAAUGGAUCUAUUAACACUGCGAAAAAGAGAGUAUUUCGUUUUUAAUGUUCGGAGAUAAGUGUAGUGAAGAUAUGGCCUUACCAUGUAUAGAACUUUUGUGUUUCCUGACAAUUGCUUCAGUUCCCUUUUGCGACCUUUUUCUCUCCAAUCAUAAAUUAACUAACUUUUAUAAGUUUGAAAAACGAAUUAUUAUUUUUUUUCAAGUUUUUAUCCUCAACAAAUAUUAUUAGUAACAAUAUAACUGUAAUUGUA